AUGUACGUCAGCACUCUGCGGGGGAGUUCCGCCACGCCCUUGCCUUUCCGGGAGCAGAAGGUGUUGCAAGAGCUUUUUCCGCUCGCGGACGGCCACACAGAUUUCUGCCACACCCCGCAUGUCACGUGCGCGGAGGGCCACGUGAUCCGGCUGGAGUGCUCCAGAUGCGGUUGGCAGCGGCUACCGCAGGCGAUCGGAGACUUGAGGUCUUUGGCGAAACUCCAAUUGGACGGCAACAACUUGAGUUCAUUGCCUGAGUCCUUGGGCCACUUGCUGAACUUGCGGCAUUUGGACUUGCGCGGCAACCAGUUAAGCGCUUUGCCGGAGUCUGCGGGCAGCUUGCAGAGCUUACAGUAUUUGUGCUUGAGCGGGAACAAGAUCACCGCUUUGCCAGACUCCUUGGGCAAUUUGCAGCACUUACAGCAGCUUCGAUUGAUCAACAACACCAUCAGUGUUUUGCCAGAUUCCUUGGGCAAGCUACAGCAUUUACAGGAACUCUCCUUGGGCUUCAACGAACUCAGCUCUUUGCCUGAGUCCUUGUGCAACUUGAAAAGCUUAAGGCAUUUGGACUUGCGCGGCAACCAGUUAAGCGCUUUGCCGGAGUCUGCGGGCAGCUUGCAGAGCUUACAGUAUUUGUACUUGAUCGGGAACAAGAUCACCGCUUUGCCAGACUCCUUGGGGAAUUUGCAGCACUUACAGGAACUCUACUUGAACAACAACGAGUUAAGCUCCCUGUCGAAGUCCUUGGGCAGAUUGCAGUCUUUGCAGCAGCUCUAUUUGAGCCACAACCGAUUAAGCUCUUUGCCAGAGUCAUUGGGCAACUUGCAGAGCUUGCAGCAGCUUCGAUUGUUCAACAACACCAUCAGCUUUUUGCCACAUUCCUUGGGCCAGCUACAGCAUUUACAGGAUCUCUACUUGGGCUUCAACGAACUCAGCUCUUUGCCUGAGUCCUUGUGCAACUUGAAAAGCUUAAAGUAUUUGUACUUGAAGAACAACAAGCUAACCUUUUUGCCGGAGUCGUUGGGCAGCUUGGAGAGCCUCAGGUGGUUGGACCUCAGCAAUAACAUGAUCAGCGUUUUGCCAGAGUCCGUGGGCAACCUGCAGCAGUUGCAGCAACUGCGUUUGAGCCACAACCGCUUGAGCUUCUUGCCCGAGUCCGUGUGCAACCUGCAAACCUUGCAGCAACUGCAUUUGAGCAGUAACAACUUGAGCUCCCUGCCAGAGUCCUUGGGCAACUUGCAGAGCUUGAAGCAACUCGACUUACAAAACAACCAAUUGGAAGCCUUUCCAGCGUCCUUUGGCCCGUCUUCUCGGCUGGAGAAGCUCGAUCUGGCAAGCAACAAGUUAAGCUCGUUGCCGGACUCUGUUGGCCACCUGAGAAACUUGAGGUACCUCCAUUUGCAACACAACACCCUUACGUCAUUCUUCAACACGUCCGAGAGGAAUCUUCAGCUGAAAGUGUUGCUGUUGAAUCACAACAAGAUCAAUAUGGAGCUUUCAGCCUUCUGUGGCCUCAACUAUAUCACCACACUGUAUUUGCACCACAACAAGCUCCGAUGCCAGAUUCCAGCCUCUAUCGCGCAGUUAGAGGCCAUCAAAGUGCUGACACUGCACAAGAAUGCUUUGACGGGAAGCAUUCCUCCGGAAUUAGCGUCGUUGCCAUCCUUGAAACUUCUCACUUUGCACGAGAACCGUCUCACCGGGGAAAUUCCAUCCACAUUUGGCACCUCACCGCAGCUGUUGUUUCUCUCGGCCUUCGCCAACGACUUGGAGGGCCCCAUUCCGGACAUGAAACUGCGCAGUGGCUGCGUGGACGAUGCAUCCUUCCGAUUUGAAGCCUUAGUCAAGCAUUCAUCCUUUUGCAUGACAAUUAGUUGUGAUCAGCAGGUGGAUCUUGAGGACUUUCAGCUCACAAGCAAAGAGCGGCGGGAAAUCUUGGACGCUUGUUCCAAUUUGUAUGGACGUUGCAGUGGGGCACCUUCAAGGGGUCCAACCCUGUUGUUGCAGAGCAACCGUCUCUCGUGCCCUUUGCCAUCCGACGUGUCCGAGGACACAUCGAACGCAAACGCGUCCUCGAGUCUGCCACUGCGGUCAUUGGUGAUUGCAGGAAACAUGCUCGGGAGCGACUGGGCGGACCUGCCUUGGUGGCUUUCCGACUCGGAAAAGCAGCCCUUCCUUUACAUCUCUCCUUUCAAAGUGUUUGGCAUCCGGACGUCAAGCAUCCAAAGGCUUGUUGUUGGAUCCCUAUGUUUUGUUACUCUUUACUGUGUCAGCUUGAGAACGAUGACCUCAUGGAAGGAUCACCUGCACAAAUUCUUUGAUCAUCAGGAUGACCAUACGCAACUCACCCAUGUGUUCCUGAUCCAGAGGACGCUUUGGGGAGGGCCUAUUGUGCUGAUGCUGCUUCUUUGCUACGUUUGGCAGGGCUCUUACUACCAGUGUGGCCAUCCAUUUCUCAAAACCACCCUUGCCUACUUUGAGAGCAAGGGCUCUCUCAGUGGAGGGGGUCGCUUAGCAGAGCUUGGUCUAGCCGGCCUUUGGGCCAUUUGGGUGGGCAGCUGCCUUUACUUGGUGGAAUUGGUUCCGAAACCGCCCAGGGCCAAAGCAGUAAGAGUUGAGAGGCCUUCUGGAAGCAUCUUCAACAAAGUGAUGUGGUGGUUCUCUUGGAUGGUGAUUGUGGUAUGUUUGUCAUCGCCAUCCUUGGGCUACGCCUUUGUGCAAUCGCUGCCCAAACGGAACAAACUACAGGUCGUCAACACCUAUUUUUUGAAAGCUGUGCACUAUGGAGCUGCCCUCGUUAUGCUCUUAAUCGAUCCUCAGAGCUGUUAG